CAGGGAAACAUGAGCUCCAGUGUAACUGCCAUACAUUGCAAUGCAAGGAGACAGCGUCACGCUCCUCGGACUUCCCCCUUUUCCUUUUUUUUUCUUCCUCUCAGCACUACUGUACAACUGCAUGAUUUCCCCGAAAUGAUGCCGAGCUGCUAGCCCAGCCCCAACCAAUCGGGAGCAGCAAAAGCACGGAGUGGGCGGGUCCAAGCGACUAAUACCUGGGCUUCCCCGCUACACCGAAUAGAGUCACUCAGAUCUUUCUCAGAGAAUCAUCUCUCCAGGAAUCAGACAGCUACAAGCUACAGCUUCCCCCUAUCCUCCUGCUUUUUCUCUCUGGAUUAUAAAUUCCUGCCAGAAAGAAAUAAUGCCUCCGGCACGUUUGAGGAUGAGGCCAUGGCUAGAGAAGCAAAUAAACUCCAACAAAAUCCCUGGACUGUCAUGGAUCAACAAGGACGUUUUAAAUCCGGUGAGAAGGAGGCUGACCCUAAAACUUGGAAGGCCAAUUUCCGAUGCGCAAUGAACUCUCUGCCUGAUAUAAAAGAAGUAAAAGACAAAAGCGUAUACAAAGGUUCCAGUGCAGUGCGAGUAUAUCAGAUGCUCGAGCCUCAAAUAAAGGCAGAGAAGAAAGAACGCCGAUCCAAGGCAAACUCUAAAAGCAGGGCCAAGAAAAAGGCUGAGGAAGAUGAGGAAUCUGUGAAAACUAGCCCUUUGCCUUCAGACCACAGCUACACCGCUAAUGUGUAUACAGACCAAGAAGACAUGGAUUCCGUGGAUGCAGCUGUAAUGAGCAUCAAUGAAAGCAUCUCUAGCAAUAUAGACUGGAACUCUCAACUUGAAAUGCCAUUGCCUGACAGCACAAAUGACCUCUACCCUUUCCAGGUGUCACCCUUGAGUUCAUCUUCGGAAGAGGAAGAUGCAGCUUUACCCUUUGCAGAUGACAUUUUUAAGAUGAUCUUAGAGCCAAGCACAGAAUGGUCACAGACAAGCGUAGAUGGCAAAGGGUUUUUCACCAACGACUCUGGCAUGCAGACCACCUGUCUAACUGAAAUAAGCUCUGCAUUCGAUGGCACUUUAUCAGGUGAAAUAAAAGUCAGAUUCUCCACAGACAUGCUCAACUGGCCCGAGUCAAACAUUUCCUCAAGGGCUACAGGACUAGCUGUCCCUACAUUCUGAACUUUACCUCCUGUCAUUCCAAAGCACUUAGCAUGGAUUCAGCAAAGAGCACAAGGACAGUUUUGUGGGACCAGACAGGAUAAUGCUCGGUCGCUACUGCUGAGAUGGCCAUUACCGACUGUGAAAGAAGGAGGACAAGUCAUAUGUGGACUUUUGAUUUGCUCAACCCUGAAGCAGGAAAAAUAUCACUACAUUUCAUAUGUGAAAGUGAACCUGUUCCUACCCCGUGUGACUGUUCAGUGCAACCAUAGAACCUGAUUGAAAUACUGCAUUAUUGUGUGUACUCAUUUAGAAACGUUGUAUUGGUAUAAUGUAAAUAUACUGCAUAUUAGUGGUUUACUUUUAGUUUUUUAUUCAGCCUUUAUUGCCGUGCGUAAGGACUUUUUCUGUGGCACUGGCUGAGAGAAGGAAUUUUGAAAGAAAGCGUUAUACAGCUCUCAAAACUAAACUGCAAAGAUUGUUUUGUACGGUAAAGCCAUAAUAAGAAUUCAUCUACACUGGUGAUAACAUGCAACUAACGUCCUAGGGAUUGCUGAACUUUACAGCAUCGAACUGGUCAAACAAGGGAUGCUGUAGUCUCCUGCGUGGAUACGUCUGCACAGGCCCUUCAUGUGAUCCAAUCAUUAGGCCAGCAGCAAAAUGAUGGAGUUAGCCAAUUGAACCCACCACCGUAGUGGGAAAAAUGGUGCAAAUAUCACCAUACUUUCAUUGUGUGAAAUAAAGAAACAUUGAAUUGUUUGUUGUGGGACUUUAUUUGAAUCGAAUUUGGAAGGUUUGUGGCUGGACGGGGCUGCUACUCUGUUGGAGAUACCCAGAAUACAGCGAGUGAGGGAUCACCAGAAUAUUUGAAAAGGAUCUGCAAAUAUCACCAUACCAUCAAAUUUAGAGAUUUUUUUGGCCAGUUGUCCAUGUAUUUGUAAACGAUCACAUUUUGGGCAACAUUCUUCAGGUUAUGUGUAAUAAACUGUAUUUCCAAAAUAAGGGUCUGUGCAGAGUUUCCACCGUAAACAUGCUGUUACCUAUUAAAAGGUAUUUGUAAAUAGUACAUUUGUAUAAAUAUGUAUAAUAGUUUGAAUAAAUUUUGUUUAUAUA